AUGUAUAUUGUGACAGUUGAUAUUGAUUAUGACAGUUUCUGGACUCCAGUGGCUUCUCACACAAUCAAUAGCAUUUUGAUCUUCUCAGAACACAUACCAUGUGAUGUAUACUAUUGUGCUUUCCUUACAGAGAAAGGGCUCUUUGUUCAGAACCUUUUCUUCCUCAUAGUUUUUGCACUGAAAUGUAUGGCCUGUGCUCUUGAAGACUUUGUGCAGUCUGUGUUUAUUAACAACUACAGAAGUGCUGCCAUUUAUUUCAGUGAUGGUAUUCACAGUGUUACAGCAUUUUGUACCUUGCGGGUGACUAUCAUCACAGAUGACAUGCUGACCAACAGUAUCACAGUACGGCUAGAAAACAUGUCUCAAGAGAAGUUUCUCUCUCCACUGCUUGCUCUUUUUGUAGAAGGUGUGGCGACUGUGCUGUCGACAACCAAAGAAGGCAUUUUUGUCUUCAACAUUCAAAAUGACACGGAUGUCAGCUCCAAUAUUCUAAAUGUGACAUUCUCUGCCUUGCUUCCUGGUGGCAUUCGAAACAAAUUCUUCCCCUCUGAGGACCUCCAGGAGCAGAUAUACCUUAACAGGACACUCCUCACAAUGAUUUCAACCCAAAGAGUACUGCCUUUUGAUGACAACAUUUGUCUCCGAGAACCUUGUGAAAACUACAUGAAGUGUGUGUCUGUACUCAAGUUUGACAGUUCUGCCCCCUUCAUCAGUUCCAACACUGUUUUGUUCCGACCUAUACACCCCAUCAAUGGCUUGAGGUGUCGGUGUCCUCCAGGAUUUACAGGUGACUACUGUGAAACGGAGAUUGACCUCUGCUACUCCAAUCCUUGUGGAAACAAUGGUCUUUGCAGAAGUCGAGAGGGAGGCUACACUUGUGAAUGUUACGAAGACUACACUGGAGAGACCUGCGAAGUGAAUUCUCGCUCUGGACGCUGCACUCCAGGGGUGUGCAAGAAUGGAGGCACAUGUGUUAAUCUUCUUAUAGGAGGGUUCAUGUGCGAGUGCCCCCCAGGAGAAUAUGAGAAGCCUUAUUGUGAGAUGACCACAAGAAGUUUUCCUCCCCAGUCCUUCAUCACCUUCAAGGGGUUAAGGCAGCGCUUCCAUUUCACUGUUUCUCUCAAGUUUGCAACCAGGGACAGAAACGCUUUGCUUCUCUACAAUGGGCGUUUUAAUGAGAAGCAUGAUUUUAUUGCACUAGAGAUCAUUGAAGAGCAGAUCCAGCUGACGUUCUCUGCAGGAGAAACCACUACAACUGUUUCACCAUUCGUUCCAGGAGGAGUUAGUGAUGGACUAUGGCACUCUGUUCAAGUGCAGUACUAUAACAAGCCCAACAUAGGAAGACUAGGCAUUCCUCAUGGCCCUUCAGGAGAGAAGGUGGCAGUCGUGACUGUGGAUGAUUGUGAUACAGCGGUGGCUGUACGCUUUGGAAGCCUUAUUGGAAACUAUUCUUGUGCUGCUCAGGGAACACAGACUGGCUCUAAAAAGUCUUUGGAUCUAACUGGCCCCCUGCUCCUGGGAGGAGUGCCAAACUUGCCUGAAGAUUUUCCUGUGCACAAUAGACAGUUUGUCGGCUGCAUGAGGAACCUUUCCAUAGACAGCAAGCCAGUUGACAUGGCCAGCUACAUAGCAAACAAUGGCACUCUUGCAGGCUGUGCUGCUCAGAAGAAAUAUUGCACCACCAACUGGUGUCAGAAUGGGGGUACCUGUGUGAACAAAUGGAAUACCUACUCUUGCAACUGUCCCCUGCGGUACGGUGGGAAAAACUGUGAGCAAGUAAUGCCUUUCCCUCAGUGCUUCACAGGGGACAGCAUGGUCUUCUGGCAUGAUCUUGAUAUCACUGUUUCUGUGCCAUGGUACAUCGGACUCAUGUUUAGAACUCGGAAGGUUAAUGGCAUGUUGAUGCAAGCAAAGGCAGGAGCAUCAUCCAAGAUCAACAUUCAGAUACUGAACAACUAUGUGGUAUUUGAAGUCUACGAUGGACUGAAUCAGGUGGCAAAUCUGAAGAUGACCCAAUCCCGAAUGAGCGAUGGAGAAUGGCAUCACUUGUUAAUAGAGCUGAAGAGUGCAAAAGAUGGGAAAGACAUUAAGUACCUGGCUGUUGUGUCAUUGGAUUAUGGAAUGUAUCAGAGUACUGUACAGAUUGGAAAUCAGUUGCCAGGACUAAAAAUGAGAAGCAUUGUUGUGGGAGGUGUCUCUGAAGAUCAAGUCUCAGUGCAGCAUGGUUUCUAUGGCUGCCUGCAGGGAGUGAGAAUGGGGGAGACAUCUACAAAUGCAGCUACGCUGAACAUGCAUCAGGCUGGGAACAUUAAUGUCAAGGAAGGCUGUAAGGUGGACAAUCCCUGUGAUUCUAAACCUUGCCCCCAGCACAGCUAUUGCCGUGACAAUUGGGACAGCUAUUCCUGUAUUUGUAAUCCAGGGUACUUUGGGACAGACUGCGUUGACGUGUGCAGCCUGAAUCCCUGUGAGCAUGUCUCCACUUGCGUGCAUAAACCAAACUCUUCUCAUGGAUACACCUGUGAAUGUGGGCAAAACUAUUACGGCCAGUACUGUGAAAGCAAAAUUGAUUUGCCUUGUCCCAGAGGCUGGUGGGGAAAUCCUGUUUGUGGCCCAUGUAACUGUGAGAUCAGUAAGGGAUUUGAUCCUGACUGCAAUAAAACCAAUGGGGAGUGUCGGUGUAAGACAAACUAUUACAGGCCGCAAAGCAGUGACACUUGUUACCCGUGUGACUGCUUCUCUGCUGGUUCCCACACUCGCACAUGUGACCCUGAAACAGGGCAGUGCCCCUGUAAACCAGGAGUGAUUGGGCGGCAAUGCAAUCGCUGUGAUAAUCCUUUUGCUGAAGUCACGGUUCAUGGCUGCGAAGUGGUUUACAGUGGAUGCCCCAAAGCAUUUGAGGCUGGCAUUUGGUGGCCGCAGACCAAAUUUGGCCAGCCUGCUGCAGUGCCAUGUCCCAAGGGAUCAACAGGGAAUGCUGUGCGCCACUGCAACAGUGAGAAAGGCUGGCUCCCCCCUGAGCUCUUUAACUGCACGACCAUUGGCUUCAUGGACCUUAAAAUAAUGAAUGAACAGCUUCUCCGCAACGAGACAAACAUGGACGGUGACAAGUCCGUGCAGAUAGCCAGGGUGCUUCAGAAUGCUACUAACCACACAUUCCCCUUCUAUGGAAACGAUGUUCGAACGGCCUACCAGAUGAUGCUCCGCGUGCUGCAGUAUGAGAGCCAGCAGCAAGGGUUCGACCUGGCUGCGAUGAGGGAUGUGGAGUUCAACGAGAAUAUCAUAAAAGCUGGCAGUGCUCUUCUGGACCCAGGCACUAGAGAGCAUUGGGAACACAUCCAGAGGACAGAGGGGGGCACAGCACACCUCUUGAAACACUAUGAGGAGUAUUUCCGCAACGUAGCAAAGAACAUGAGAAACACCUACAUGAAUCCUUUCGUGAUUGUUGCCGCAAACAUGAUUAUUGCUGUUGACAUCUUUGAAAAGUCUAAUUUUACGGGAGCUAAAGUGCCGCGGUUUGAUGAGAUUAAAUCAGAUUAUCCCAGAGAUCUUGAGUCAUCCGUUUUGUUUCCUGAUACUUUGUUCAGAGCUUCCAAUCGAAAAGUUGGUCCUACCAUGAAGCCCUCCAAGCAUAAAUUGUCUUCUAAGAUGGAAGAUGAGUUUUCAGAUAGUAGAAAUGCCCUUUCAAAGAGAAAGCGACGGCACCCAGAGGAGUAUAACCAAUAUGCUGUUGCUGUGGUGAUUAUAUACCGAACACUGGGGCAACUUCUGCCUGAGAGCUAUGAUCCCGACCGAAGAAGUUUAAGGUUACCCAAUCGGCCAGUCAUUAACACUCCAAUAAUCAGCGCCAUUGUUUAUAGAGAAGGGGGAUCUUCACCCAAUCUACUGGAAAAUCCCAUUACCCUUGAGCAUACCAUGCUGGAAACUGAGGAGAGGACAAAGCCAGUUUGUGUGUUCUGGAACCACUCAACUGUUAUUGGAAACACAGGAGGCUGGUCCUCAAAGGGAUGUGAGCUGUUUUCCAGGAAUCACCGCCAUAUUGUUUGCCAGUGCAACCACAUGACCAGUUUCGCUGUCCUGAUGGAUAUUUCAAAGCGUGAAAACGGUGAGGCACUUCCUCUGAAGAUUAUCACCUACGCGACUGUCUCCAUCUCACUGAUAGCACUGCUACUCACCUUUAUUCUCCUGGUCCUGAUCCGGACUCUGCGGUCCAACCUGCACAGCAUCCACAAAAAUCUGGUGGCUGCCCUGUUCUUCUCGGAACUGGUAUUCCUGAUAGGAAUUAACCAGACAGAUAAUCCGUUUAUGUGCACUGUAAUUGCCAUUCUUUUGCACUACUUCUACAUGAGCACCUUUGCUUGGAUGUUUGUUGAACAACUUCACAUCUACCGCAUGCUGACUGAAGUGAGGAACAUCAAUUUUGGACACAUGAGAUUCUACUAUGUCAUGGGCUGGGGGAUUCCUGCCAUUAUAACUGGUCUUGCAGUGGGUCUGGAUCCAAAGGGCUAUGGGAACCCAGAUUUCUGCUGGCUCUCUGUCCAUGACACCCUCAUCUGGAGCUUCGCAGGGCCCAUUGUGAUUGUUGUGGUUAUCAACAUCGUAAUCUUCAUACUGGCAGUGAAAGCAUCAUGCAGACGAAGGCAGCGUUCAUUGGAGAAAACUGGAGUCAUCUCUGUGCUACGCACAGCUUUCCUCCUGCUCCUCUUGAUAAGUGCUACCUGGUUACUUGGGCUGAUGGCAGUAAACAGCGACGUCAUGACAUUCCACUAUCUCUUUGCCAUUUUCAGCUGUUUACAGGGGCUGUUCAUCUUUUUCUUCCACUGUAUCUUCAAUAAAGAAGUCAGGAAACAUUUGAAGAAUACUUUCACUGGAAAGAAGCCACUUCCAGAUGAUUCUACGACAACAAGAGCGACUUUAUUAACGCGGUCCCUGAACUGUAAUGAUACAUAUAUAGAGGAGCCAAAUAUGUAUCGCACCACUCUUGGGGAAUCUACUGUCUCCCUAGAAAGCACCGUCAGAGAUGAAGCUGCCCAGAAGCUCAGCGUUUCAUCGAGCCAAGCAAGGGCUGGUCAUGCAGAUGGCGAUUCCUCCAUCUUCCACAGAAAGCCCUCAAAAUCCAAUGAGCAUGAUUCCGAUUCUGACAGCGAGUUGUCCCUUGAUGAACACAGCAGCUCAUAUGCUUCCUCCCACUCAUCAGACAGUGAAGAUGAUGUUAUUGAAACAGAGAAGAAAUGGAACUCUGGAAAGAACAAUGAUCGGGGUCCCCUGCACAGCACUCCCAAAGUUGAUUCUGUUCCAAACCAUGUGAAGCCCUAUUGGCCAUCAGAAGGCAUCACAGCAAGUGACGGUGAGGAGCCAGGCGCCAAGCAAAAGCUCAAGGUGGAGACCAAGGUGAAUGUGGAGCUCCACCGGGAAAGCCAAGCAAACCACAGCAGCGAGGUCCUGCAUGAGAAAGAGAAUGAGGGGCAGCAGAAGGAGAACAAGCCACUAGCCCAGCAGAACAACCAGCAGCCAGAACAAAGGAAGGGCAUACUGAAAAAUAAAGUCACCUACCCUCCUCCGUUAGUCGACAAAAACAUGAAGAAUCGUCUACGGGAAAAACUGUCAGAUUAUAAUCAAACUCUCUCCUCCAAAACAACUACCAUUGGGACAAACAAUGGAGUUCGCUGCACAUCAGAUUCCGGGGUCACAAUCAAGCACCCAAGACGAGAUCAGCCUCCUGAGCAAAUCAAUGGGUUGGCCAUGAGUGUCCACGUGGGGACAGGGACAGCAGAGACCUCAGAUUCUGAGAAAUCAUGACAACCGUUGCACCUUGGGACUACUCUGCUGUGACACUGCUUGCUUGGGACCUC